ACACGUUACCCCAGAAGCCUCGUCACCAGGAAGUGGUGUGCCGGAGAGAGAUCUCCGGUUUUGUUUUGACAAUGAUGGAGGAGGAAGAAUUUGAGUUUGCCGAAGAUUUGGAGGCUAUUUUGCAUCUAACCCCAGAGGUGCAAUUGGCUAUUGAACAGGUAAACGGUUUGAGCCUAUUCAUUGUACAGAUUUGCAUACAUUGUCGCUGUUUUUUGUUCCUCACGGCCAGCUUUAGCAUGCUAAUCUAACCUGUGGAUGGGUCAGGACGACCGCUAGCUCUGAGAAACAGAUUUACCCCUUGUCAUAUAAAUGUACUCGUCACUGUAAAUCUUAACUUUCAGACUGAUUGUCGUCUGUUAUUUGUGUUGAAGGUUUUUCCCAGCCAAGACCCUCUGGACAGGGCAGACUUCAAUGCUGUUGAAUACAUCAACACACUGUUCCCCACCGAGCAGGUACAAGUGGAUUCAUUCAGUCAUUUAGACGGGAAUUAGUUGUUGUUCAGAUUACACUAAUACGCCCUUUCACAGCCAAUAUUUGGACUUGUCAAAGUGUAAAAGUAAAAUUAUUUUCAAAACUAUGGCUCAGAUCUAUGAAGGUGUUUCAGUGAGAUCUCAAAGAGCCUGAAUGCAGCAUGUAUUUUCAAGAUUGUGACAUUGAAUCAGCUGAAUGACAUUAAUACCUUGUAAACCAAAGAAAUUACAUUGUUUAGAGGUUUUGGUCUGCACAUGGAUAUAUUGAUCUGAUUUUAUUUCAAGCUGGCAAAAUACAAAACUCUUACAACUAAGGAAAUUUAAGUAAAUGGUGUUAUAUGUGUAGUGUACAGAUCUGUAAACUUCAAGGGUUAUUGUAAAAUUAAGUUAGGGUCUAACACACUAACACCGAGUUAGACACCCCCUCGAGAGAUGAAUGUCGCCGACCGCUUGCUUCUCUAGUUAAACCAACUUGAGUAACUGAGACCACCAUGUAUUGCUAUCCUGCAGUCAUUACUAAAGUUUGUGUAACUAUUGAAGCAAGCAGUUGGCAACAUUCAUCUCUCGACGGGGUGUCUAACUCGGUGUUACGGUGCAACAUGCCUAGGUGUUAAGUAGACAUUCCAGAGAGGCUGAGUCCCUCAAGAGUAAAGAUGGGCAGAGCUUUCAGACUCUGAGGGACUACAUGCGUUUACAGGUGAUUUUAAAAUGAUGUCCCUCAGUCUGGUUUUGCAAGAAUUUAAGGACUUCGUGCCGCACAGUAUAUAAUAUCUUUAAAAGUGUCUGAGAAUCUGGAGAAAUCUCCAUGCAAAGGGGACAAGGCUGAAAACUGGUACUAGCUGGACAUAGUCUUCUGCCCCUCAGAUGGCACUGAAUGAAAAUCAGAAAUAACUCUGAGGUGGAAAUCACCCCAUGUGCUCCGAAUCACUUCCAAAAGAACAGUUUGUCCCGUGCCAGUGACUUCUCUGUGCCAGAGCAGAUAUGAGAUGGACUCUCUCAUUGUCUGAUGAAUCAAAAUUUGACAUUCAUUGUGGAGAUCAGUGAUGCAGCAUCCUCCUGUCGGAAAAGGAGAGGGACCACCACACAAUUGAAACUGUGCUUAGCAGUUUCCAGGCUUAAGAACAACAUAUGCUGCCAUCUUGUUUUCAGGGAAGACCCUUGCAUAUUUUAGCAAGAACAUACAAAAACACAUUCAGCGCAUGUUACAACAGCAUGGCUCUGUAGUAGAAGAGUCAAGGUGCUAAUGUGGUCUGUCUGCAGUCUCAACGCGUCACCCCUUGAAAACUUUUAAAAGGAGGAAUAGAAGACAGGAGAUACUUAACAGUUGAGCAGCUGAAAUCAGAUUUUAGACAAGAAUGGGCCGGUGUCUCUCUUUCUCAGGUCUCUUUGGUACUCAAACAUUUACAGUUUCAAUAUUUGAUUUGUAGUCUUUGCACUACUUUUGAUAAAAUAUAUAGGUUUUAAAUGAUUUGCAAGCCACUAAUUUGAUUCUUUUCCAUGUAAUACAAUUCCCCCUAAUUUCAUGAACUGUAUACCAAUUGACACUGAAGACAUGUGCAUGAUCUGGUUCACUAAUUGUCCAUAAGAGGUCACUGUUACCUUUUGGUUUUUACUUAGGACCUUAAAAAGGGCUCUUGGUAGUCUGUGUGCAUUUUCAGCCACUUGUUUUUUUAAGUAUGUUGAUCAAACAUUUAAGUGGUCAGACCUGCUGCUUCUCUGACAUAUUACUUUAUUUCUUUUUUGCAGUUAUCAAGGCAUUAAGUAAUGGAGUGAAACUUAUAAAGAGUGUUUACACUGAAGAGUGCUAUUUUUUUAAUUCUUUAUUUCUUCUAUCUUUUUUAAUUCGUAUGUACAGAUGUCAGUGACUUUCUGUCCUAUAAAUCAGUCAUGAGUGGUAAUUUUGUUUUCUGCUGGAUAGAAUUAAAAGCGGUUAACUUUCCAUUGAUUUCCCGUCUCUGUCCUUCUCCUCAGUCUUUGGCGAAUAUUGAUGAUGUGGUAAACAAGAUUCGACUGAAGAUACGGUGAGUCAAGGUCUAACUUCAGAGUGUAUUUUUUCUUAUGUUUUUCACUCCUUGGUGUGAGUUGCUGCUGCAUUUGUUUCAUUUGACAGGCGCCUGGAUGACAACAUCAGGACAGUGGUGAGAGGCCAGACCAAUGUGGGCCAGGAUGGCAGACAGGUGUGUAAAGCUACGGAUCACAAACACACAUUUGGCCUGUUUAAUGCUGCUAUAACCAGGAGUCUGGAGUUAUGUAAUCAGCUACAGUUGGACAGCCUCUAGUACAGGUUUUAACACACCUGGGAUCAUUUACACACUGAGAUCUAAGAGCUCAGAUCACACUCUGAAUGCUCUGGGCUGAAUUCUUCCUGUCUCAAUCCACUUUGAAGUGUUCAAGAGUACGGCAGGGUGAUAAAUGAGUUUUAUUGAUAAAUUUAAAUUAGUGGUGCUUGACAAUAUCUGAAAAUGGAAACCUGGAUUAUCUUUUUCAACAUCAACACUCCAAGAUGACAAAAACCGCUGUGUGCAGGAGCCGAGUAUGUUUUUUUGUAGGAUGAUAGGGAAAAGUCCAGCCUCCUUUGCCUCUGAUUGACUAGAAAGGCUGGAAAAAAAAUCACACGCUCAAGUCAAAAGCAGGCUGUCGGCUCUUUACAUCCAACAGAACAUUAUUGCACUUCUGAAUCUCCUAACCCUAAUCCUAAUCCUAACCCGACAGAUGAUGAUGUUUCACAGCCAUUAGAAAUUACCAAUUGGAGCCCAGCACUUCUAGCCAAUCAGAGGCGCAGGAGGGCGCCUCUGAUUGUCUAGAAGUGCCUCUCGAAACAACGUCAGGUAGGAACUAACGCUCUCAACAAGACAAGGGGAUAUAAAGUGAUGAGUUAAAUCCUAUAAACAAUAAAGUUCUGUGAACAAAAGCAAGAGGUGGAAUAAUAAUAAUGAUAACAAUAAAAUGAACAGUAUUUAGACCUUGUUAGGUAACCCCAAAAUGAUAAAGCAGAAUGAUCUCUUCUGAAAUAUAAACCAAGUUCAGCUCAGAUCAAUAAAAAAGUAAAAUUCACUUUUGUGUAAAUUUAAUUUUUAGGUCAUGUCGCCCAGCCCUACUGCUUAGUGUCUGAGUCCAGGGUGAAGAUGAUAUUAAGUGUUGGACCACAUGCCAGUCAUUUUAGCCUCAAUUAUUGUGUCUCAUGGGACUCUUGUUUGAUUUUCAUUUUAUUUGCAAAUGAACUGGUGUUCAUUUCAUUUGCUAAUAACCUCCAUGAGGCUUUAUUGUUCUCAUUAUUUAGGAGGAUUCUUUGUCAUGUUACUAUGUCUGUACACAUUCUUUAACACCCUCGGUCUUUCUGGUGUUUUCUUCAUUUCUCUCCAUCUCUUCUAACGUCUCUCUUUUGCCAUUUUUACACAACCUGUAAGAAGAAAGGACUUUUAUUUGCUCCACUGUCUGUAGAAACAAAAAGUCAAAAAGGUGAAAAUUGGUGGGUCAAAGUCAUUUCUCUCACCUCUGAAGCCACUGAGUCAGCGUCAGUGGUGGGAACAAAAGGUGAAGCGAGCAAGACAGGACAACACUGAGUGUGUAUGUGAAGUUUGUGCUGUUUGUUUACACACCACAUGCACGCGCCUUCUGCUCCACUCAGGGACGCUUUUUUACACUUUUGUGUGAUUUGGAAUUACAGCUGAGCUUCAUUGUGGCACUGUGGUGGAACCUCUUGUUUUUUUCUGUUCAACUUGAGAUAUUGACAAACUUUUUGAUGGUGUAUUUGCAUUAAGAGCAGUUACAAAUGCUGUGCUAGCGCAUGAUUAGAUAAUGAAAAAUAGGGGUGGGAGAAAAAAACGAUACAGUAUAGUAUCGCGAUAUUUUGUCAGGCGAUAAAUCGUAUCGUCUCAUCAACCAAAUAUCAGUUUUUUUCAAAUUAAUUGUUAAUAUGAAGCCAAAUUUAUAAUAAUAGUAAAAAAAAAAGGGCGACUGUUUGUCCAGUAAGGUUGGCAGAGGUGACAUCUCAAAGCAGGAGAAAGUUAGUACAACAAAUAUAUAUAUAAAGUUUGUAAGAUGUGCUACAUGAAAAUAAAGUACAGAGUAAAUAGGAUAAACAUAAAGGAAAGCUAAAUGCUAAAUUAGCUAAACAGUUGAAAUCGCAAUAAAAUCAUAUCGUGGCCCAAGUAUUGUGAUAAUAUCGUAUCGUGGGGCCACUGGUGAUUCUCACCCCUAAUAAAAAAAGAUGAAUUUCAACCGCAGGUGUAAACACAGAAAAAAAACAAGAACAACAAAAUUCAUUGAUUUUAUUUAUUUUUGCUCAUUUGAUCAUCCUCCAGCACCAUGACUGGAAAAAAAGAUGCAUAUUGAACAUACCACAAACACCACCAGGCCGACUCAUCAGUUGUGGUGUUCAAAACAUAAUCCCCCCGCUAAAGUGAGAGUGAUGCCGUAAGUUUCUCCCGAUCCAAAACAACACGUUCUUCCCGCUCGCUCGUUCUUUCCUCUCUCCACACCGCUUCGAUGGAAAAGGACAAGAUGACUCAGAACCGUUCCCACCACUCAAACUGCUGCUCUUUACAGAAAGCAUGUCUGGGAAAUAGAUCCCUGUGUGUAAAUACUUCAGUUCCUCCUGAGUCCAGACUUUUGAGCCUGUACCUCUGCUUGUGUGGAGCGUAACAGAAAAGGAGAGCUCCUGCUGAUUUAAUCCAGGUUCUUGUCCUGUUAAGGAGUUGUGGCCUCGAGGAAAUGUGACACCUGAUGGGUGAGCGGCGUACGUUCUGUCCCGCUGACAUGAUUAGGUGUGCGCUGUUGUCAGGGUGUCUGGCCUGGUGGCCCCGUCUUUCCCAGUUAGCUACUGUUUGGUAGCAGGAAACACUCAAACUCCCGUCCAGACCAAUAACAUUACACAGUCACACACAAUAAUUUCAGUUUGUUUUUCCAGGCCCACAGUCGUGUUCCAACAUUUCCAGAGGGAAAAAAAUCCUUUCUACAGAUGGAAAGAUGGAGAUGGAGAGGUGUUCAUUUCAGUAUGGUGACCGUAAAAUAAAGUCAGCAGAAGAAUAAAACCAUCAGGAUCAGCAUUUGGUUCGAUCUGCUGUUGACUGAACUCACUCACUCAAGGAGUUGAACGCGAUCCUAAAGCAGAAACUCAAGACAGUAACAUUUAUGGUGAAAGAUGAAGGGAGGAAGAGGAGGAAGUCUGGGGAAUGAGUUCCCAGCUCAGACUUUCAUAUUCAGCACUGAGAGUGGAAAUGUGACUGUAGUAGCGGUCAGACUCCAGCUGCUUAAAGCACCAAUAUUCAGGGUGUCGUUAUUGGCAACCAAUCAUCUCAAAAUUGUCGGGAACAGCACCACAGUGACGCGAACAUGGUGGCCAAUUGAAGAGAGACAUAAAUGAUUACAAUCACACCAACUCUGUUAUUAAUCAGAUAUUAUUACAGUGUUCAUUUCCUGACUGAUCCCGUUCAUUUACAUGCCUUCUCUAUAUUACAGAGGUUAUUUCCUCAAGUGUUAGAAAUGAUGGCAGAUUGUUGGAAUCACCUUCUGGCUAAACACAGCACAUGCACCAACAGCACCAGUCUGUAGUAGUCGUCUGGCAGAGAAGAGUUUCCUACAUAAAGUUGUACAAUGUUCCUGACCGCCUGUAGAUACAGACAUGGAGUGCACACCUGCUCCACAGGAGCUCAGUAUCCACUUCAUUCGUUGCUGAUUUUGUCAUGAAAAUGAAGAUCAUAAAAGCAUUUCAGGAUGGAAUCUAUUUUUGGGAGUCUGAGAAUCUCAUUAAAGAGACCAAACAUUUGUUAUUACUUACUGCCUGCCAGUGGCAUUCUUGUUAAUCGACACACACACAGACACACACACACACACACACACACACACGUGCAGACACUCAAUCCACGUCCAAUAGAGAGGCUGUACUUGCUGCUUGCAUGGAUGACAGCCUGGUAUUUAUACUUAGUGUGUUUGUGUGUGUGUGUGAGGCUAUGGUAUCAAGAGGCCGUCAGUGUUGGGUGGUCUUCCUAUAGGAUAGACAUUAAUGUAAAUAUUUAAUGUUAGGAAAAGGUAGGAAAGGUAGAUGACAGCGUCUUUUACUUUCCAUGCUUUUACUCUCUGAGAGCUCUUUCACACUGUCACAGUCUUCUUGAGUCUCCUGAGCACUGUUGUAUAGUCAGUAAGUAGCAAUACUUAAGUACAGUACUUGAGUGUAAUCGUGAAGUAUCUGUACUUUACUGGAGUUUUCUUUACUGAAAUCAUUUUAACUAAAAUAGAGUUAUUAAUCAGACCUGUGGUCAGUAAUUAAUGUCAGAAAAAGCCAAGUUUUGGAACAAACUGUCAGCUGAGUGGUGAUUAAAUUGAAGCCACAUCAGCUUUGAUUAAUAGAACCAGAAACAAUGAUUGUGAGUAAUGCCAGUUCGUUCUGAUAGUUGUUUAACUUCACUGCAAAAGAACCUGAAAAGCCCUGAGGAUUUCACUCUGUUUCAGACAGAAGAGAAAUCACAUCAUGCAGUUUUUACUUUUACUUGACUACAUUUCUAAAAAUAUUUAGUAUACUUUUACUACUAUUUUUACUUAAUUACUAUUGUACUAUUGUUUCUUCUGAUCAGUGCUGUAAUCAGGGGUCUGUCUGUCCAUCCCUCUUGUUUAUUUUUCUAAGCUGUUGUUUGCACCCACCUGAAAUGUUUGCUUAUUUGGGCACAAGUGACUUUUGCAAAAAAUAAGAAUACACUUAUUUGUACUUUGACUUUAACUUUUUACUUUUACUUGGAGUACAUUUACUUGAGUACUUUUGAUACUUAAGUAGAGAGAAUGUGAUAUACUUUCAGAAGAAUUCUCAUGGGAGACUUUCACUUUGACUUGAGUCAUUUUCUGGUAAGGUAACUAAACUUCAACUCAAGUAUAUUUGUUUAGUACUUCAUAAAACACUGCUUCUGAGUUAUGCUUUUUAAGCAGCUUUUACAACUUUCUGUUAUAAGCAGCUCUAUAUAUUUUAAAACAAAACAAAAAAGAGAAAAAUAUCACACUGCAGACUUUCUCAGUCUUUCUAUCACGUCCGUCGAAUGACUCACCAUCAGUUAAGCUGAUUACAUCUAAUUACCGCAUCAUCUACAAACACCAACUUUGCCAAAAGCUUGUGUUGUUUUCUGAGAUUAAAUCUAAAGGAGGACUUAGACGUGUAGCAGCAGAGGUACAUUAGCAUGUUCUUAUCAUAAUGCUUGGGUAUUAUUUCUGUCCAAAUAGGAUUUUGUGAAUUACAUAAAGAGCGUAAUUCACCAAGUAUCACCUUGGCUCUCAGAGUCACCCAUAUCUGCAAAUUCACUUGCUAGAUGUUGACAUGAAGGGCUGUAGUAAGGCACUCUCCCAUCUGUAAAAGUAGACCCUAUUUGACUGAUCGGAGGUUUUCGAUUAGCACUUAACUCAUAAGUACCACUGGAGUAUUGCUGCUGUCCAUCAGAGCGAGGGCUGAAGUACAUCUGCAGCCUGUUUAAGCAUAAAAAAUACUCAUACCCCUACAUCACUGCCUGUGUGCCUUAUAUGCAUGUUAGGCAUACACUGUUGUGCACAUGUGUGUUUGUGUGUAAUCAGAUAACGUCUCAGGCAUGGAGGCGCCUCCUGGGCAGUGGUCUCUCACUCUCCCUGCUUUCCUCAAGGCUAAAUGCAGGAAAUGAGCUCUAGGAAGCGAGCCAGAUUGACUCAGCUGAGUCUGCAUGAGCGACAAAUGCAGGCUCGGAGCUUCUGGCCUCUUUAGCGCACACUUUGUUUGCCCAAGAACUCCUCCAGGGAACCACUUGAAAGAUUCAGUGGCACUCCCUUCCUCCGCACUGCCAGAUCAAAGAGUAAUCAUUUAACUCGCCUGCAGUUUUCCAAUUUAUUAAGUCAAUCACAGAAGAACCAAAGGGCUCGUUUGAAACAUGAGAAGAAUGGAGGAUACAUGCAAGUGUUCGCUCAUCUUGACUCAAGAGAAGUGUUUCCUCUUAAUAGAAAACUAUAAAACAGAGAAGGAAAAACUUUGAGGAUUAAAUGCGCCAUGAUUUUGGUGCGAUUUCAUGAUCUGGUCACAUGAUGCUGCCAUGACUUUAACUGUGCGUCCAUGACACUGUCACCAAGUUCUGCUCUCUGACCACACACAGGAAGGGAAACGAAUCCUCUGCUGUCAGUGCGAGCUUUAUUUAUGUUUGUGAGUGUGUGUGUUUGUGUGCACAGUCCUUGUGUGUAUGCUCACUCUCUGUUUCUUGGAGGUGCUUGUAAAAAUGGUAAAUUCCUUGCACAGCUGGUGCCGGCUGUUAGCAUUCCUCAUGUGCAUUUGCCUGUGUGUGUGUAUGUGUGUCUGGGGAAAGUCAAAGUUGUGUCGCGCAGCAUCGGGCCAAGACAAGCCAAUUAUCCUGGCAUCAGAUGUCGAAGCACAAUCUCUUUUUGGGAUCAUCAAAGAACAGCUGUGGUGUCAGAUGAUGAGGAAAUAUUAGAGCAGCACGUUAACUAUCGAACAAUUGUAGCUGUCUGAUGUUAUCUAAUCCUCUCUGGCUUUAUAGGCUGUUUAAACUGCUUAUAACCUCUUUAGCCGAGUCACAGCCUCCAUGCAGAGAUUAGCCUUAUGGCUCAUGUGUCAACCUGACAGCUUUAAAUGUCAGAUAUCAUUUCAAUUAGACAACCAAUUAGGCUCUUUUGUACUGCUGUCAUCAAGGGACUUACAUCAGGCAUGCACAGGGGGAUUUUUCACAUGCAAAAUAAAACUGCAGAACUGGCACAACAAUGGACACAGUUGAUCCACCCAUUUUCUCCUUUCUUCAUAAAGCAGAACUUGAAUUGUGGUGCAUUUUUUUUCUAAAGGGAUUUAAAGACAACUUGAAAUUAAAUGUUUGGGUGGAAGAUUUAAAUGCAUUUUAUUGAAGGCUGCUGACAGGAUGCCCAUGUAUGUUUUAUGGAGUUGAGUCUAAAUCUGUACCAGCUAAUAGAAUAAAAUUUAACCUUAGUGUUUGGUUGACUCAUUUAGGGGUGUCCCGAUACGAUAUUGAAAUCGGGUAUUGGUCCAAUAUUAGCAAAAAAACAAAUAUCGGAUUAUAUCGUCCUGCAUCUAAAAUCUUCAAAACAAGCAGUCCAUGCCAGACUCCGGUCCAGCACCCCUAUCUAGCAGCGCCCUGAUCCAGCAAGCUGAGCCCUCAAAAUCACAACAACAGUGUGUACUAAAGGUACUAACAAAGCAGCAAGGAGUAAGAGUGAUGUCGGCUGUGUGGUGGUAUUUUUAGUUGAAGUUCGAAAAAGACGUUGCAGCUGAGAGAAAAACUUGUCAUGCACAAUUUUGUGCUAUUAUCGGAUCAAUAUCGGUAUCGGUCAGUAUUGAAGGCUACAAUAUGGGUAUUGUAUCGUAAGUCAAAAAGUUGUAACGGGACACCCCUAGACUCAUUUAUACUUUAUGCAAACACAGGACACUGCAGUCUGCAUUUUUUUCAGUAUGUGGGAGCAAAUUCAAAAUUCUUCUUGGUGUUGCUCUAACUUCAGGUAUUUGGCUGACGUGCCUAAGAAUGAACCACUAAGCAUACUCUCUGCUUGUCUCUUUCCAGGCUUUGGAGGAAGCCCAGAUAGCCAUCGGGCAGCUCUUUGGCAAAAUUAAGGACAUCAAGGACAAGGCAGAGAAGUCUGAACAAAUGGUAAGAACCAAACAACACAAACACACCCAAAUGUUGUGGAACUUAUCAAGGAUAUGACCCCAGCAGAGAGGAGAAACAGCUUAUACAACAGAGCGCAGGGGGGAGAGAGUUAUUUAAAGUCGAGUUAAUGCACCUUCCAUGUGUUUGUUGCUAGAAGGGAAAUGUGUGUGUGUGUGUGUUUGUGUGUGUCAUAGUCUGGGUGUGUCAGUGGGAGUUAGAGGAAGGCCAGUGGGCUGGGUGAGCAGACCCUCCCUCAGGAGGCAUGCAGGAGCAAUUGUUUGAAAAACCAACGGGUGUGUCGGUCAUCUUGGUCUAUUUUUCUUUUUCCUGUUGCUCCAUCCAGCGAGCCCCUCCGUUUCUUCCUUUCUCAUCCCAGUUCUUUGACCUUUCACUCAUUAUUUCUCCUCAUGAGUCUCACGCUUUUUUCUACUCGGCGAAUGAGUCUGACUUGUCCCUUUCUCUGCUCAGGUAAAGGAGAUAACAAGAGACAUAAAGCAGCUGGACCACGCCAAGCGCCACCUCACAACAUCCAUCACCACCCUCAACCACCUACACAUGCUGGCGGGGGGCGUCGACUCUUUAGAGUAUGUAUCUACCAAGCUGCGCUGAAAAACAUGCAAAUGAAAGCCUGAAAUCAUUUGAACAAAAAUAGAAUUAUUAAUGAGGCCUGUGGUCAAUAAUUAAUGUCAGAAAAAGCCAAGUUUUGGAACAAACUGUCAGCUGAGUGGUGAUUAAAUUGAAGUCACAUCAGCUUUGAUUAAUAGAACCAGAAACAAUGAGUGUGAGUAAUGCCAGUUUGCUCUGAUGGUUGUUUAACUUCACUGCAAAAGAACUGGAAAAGCCCUAAGAAUUUCACUCUGUUUUAGAUAGAGGAGAAAUCACAUUAUGCAGUUUUAGCACUUUACUAUUUCCUGCUUUGUGUGUCUCGUAUUCAGUUGGACUGUUAAGUUUUCACAGUUUCACAGUUUGUAUUUUUGAAUUUCACAUCUGAGAGAUUAUCAGACAGACUGGUGCACCCCAAAUAAUAUACAAACCACAUUUGCAGAGCUUCAUAGCUUUACUUCUAUUCGCCACAAUGACUCCAAAAUUAAUUCAGUUUUUAAUAACAUUUUACUUACAUGUGUGAAUUCAUUAACAUGUGUUUUGUCUUGUAGGGCCAUGACCAGAAAGAGGCAGUAUGGCGAGGUGGCUAACCUGCUCCAGGGAGUGGUCAAUGUACUUGAACAUUUCCAAAAAUACAUGGGCAUACCUCAGAUCAGACAGCUUUCAGAGAGGUAACGGAAGAACAAAAGGAUUCAGAGUUACUGUAACUUUGAUAUUUUCAGGUGGAAGUCACAGCUGGGCUGAAUUUGUCCUGGUUAAGUUCUGGCUUGGUUUCCAAAAGUUGCAGAUAGCCCUUGCACCACAGAUAUAUGAAGAAAAGUAGAUACCCUCAUGUGCUGUAGCGACAUGCCUACAUGGCAGCCAUCUUGGCGGGGGCAACUGUCCCAUUAAAGGCAUUAGAUGUACAUGGAAAAUUAAUCAUAUCUCGAUCAUUUCUCAACUGAUUUUCAUGCAGUUUACUUUAUUUUCAACACUGAAACAUUUGCUAUUAAUACAGAAUUUUCGAUUUUUAAAUUUUUUUUAAAUCAAAUGAUCUUUAUUGUACAAUUUCGGCACUGACAAUAUGGAAAUCGGUUGAGAAAUGAGCAAGUUAUGAUUUACUUUCACUGUACACGCAUUGCCUUUGAUGGGAACAAUACCCCCGCCAAGAUGGCUGCCACGUAGGCACACAGUUUAAAAGGGCAUGUCAUAUCUACUCUUCAUAUCUAUGCCUUGCACUGUUUAGUGCAAUUCUUCCCAACUUUAGAAAAGUGUUGCAUUCACUGACACUCAGCUUUAUUUUGUUUAUACAUGCCGAAGACGGGGCUUCACUGUCUUGCACAACUUUUCUUCGUGUGUUGAGAAAAGUGUCUUCUUUUCCAGUAACCAGUUCAGAUAUUCAAAAUGAAACACCUCCAGGUCAUACCAGUGUUUGAUGGAGGUUUUUUUGCCAAAAACAGGAAGGAAACCUGCAGGGUAGUUUCCUCUAUUGUGAAAGGUUUGGGGCAAACUUUUCUGCGUGUUUGUUUGUAUAGAAGUGCCUGGAGGUUUACAUUUCUAACACUAUGGUUUUGGGUUUUAUUGUUCAUGUCUGCAACAUUUCCAUCAAUCUGACAGCCUAACUUGUAAUUAUCGGUACACUCACACAGAGAUUUAAACACACAAACACUUACAGAGAACAAAGUGUAUUGUUAUGCUGUUAUUUUCCCACAGCUCUAUCUGAGUUUGUUUCCUUUUUUUCUAUUAUUUUCUUAGAAUCAUUUUGGGACACAUUAGUGGAGUUAGUGUUCGGGGUCAAAGUAGUGACCUUCUGUUGUUUUGACUGAGGUGUGGCAGACAGUGUUCAUACCAAAUAGCAGCUGGUGUGGUGGAAGAAAUGACUGUGCAGGAGAAACAGAUGAUAGGAGAGACACGGAGGAGGGGAAGAUAUGUAGACAGAGUGGAGAGCUGGAUGCAGCCAGCGAAUAGAAAGUAUCAAGACUGCUCUGUCAGAUACACGUUACAAGAUAUAUAUGGUCAGUUUAAAAUUGUACUAAAGGGGCGCCUAGCAGUCUAAACAUCUGGUGUAUCAGGGCUGUGGUCCUGGUCCCGGCUGUCUCUGGUGGGAUUCCUGGCAAGCUGUCCUAAGCCUAAAAAUGUAUCUUGUAAAUUGUACCAAAGCAAAUCCCAAAUUGUGAAGUGUAAAAGCAGAAAGCAAAUAUUCCUAGUCUUUCUACCUGUGCGUACUUUGGGACCCUGCAAAAAGAGUCAUGCUUGGAAACAUGUUUGAUAGUCACCCACAUCAAAAGAAACCAAAGCAGAGAGAUUGGGGGUGUUUUGUAAGAUUCUGCUCAUAAUUAUAUUUAAAAUUUAGAAUGAUAAUUCCUUCUUCAAAAAACAAUCAAGCAUUGAUAACCUGUUUUAGCAGUUUAAACUCCUGAGUAACUUUCAACUUCAUCUUUAAAGUCUUUCCUUGUUGUCCUGCAAUGAUCUCUUCACUUUCUCAAUUUUGACUAGAAUUGUUAGAGAGUGUGUUGCACAAAUGUGUAAGGCCCAGCGGUUAUAUUUAAAGGAUGCCUCCACUAGAAUCACCUUUAAACUAACAUACUGCAUGUUAAUGUUUGAUUGAUUGAGAAAGCAUUAGAAGUAAAGAGUAUUGUUUUUUUCCUCUCUAGGGUAAAGGCUGCUCAGAGCGAGUUGGGGACUCAGAUCCUGGCAGACUUUGAAGAAGCUUUCCCCUCUCAAGGCUCCAAGGUAAAUAAUCUGCCUACUUCUGGGGGUUUUCAGAUUUUCUCUUUUUUCUGUUUCUAUGUGAGAAAAAUUUCCAUUUCUGUCAAUUUAGAAAUUAGUCUUAUCUUCCUCUACAAUGUAAACAUCAAACUCGAUCCCCCUUUAAAACAGAACAUAAACAUGAUCUUUUUUAUACCGCUGUAUAAACUUUCAGUGAAAGUUAUAUUUUAAACCCCAUCCAGAGACCCGGUGGUCCCAGUAACGUGCUGAGAGACGCCUGUCUGGUAGCGAAUGUGCUAGACCCUCGUAUCAAACAGGAGAUCAUCAAAAAGUUCAUCAGGCAGCAUCUUUCGGAGUAUCUGGUUUUGUUCCAAGAAAACCAAGACGUGAGUAAAUGUUUUUGUCCGUUUAUCCCAAAGAUCAAAUCAUCACACAGUAAUUACCUCAUUAAAAAAAGAUAGGAUUUUGGUAUUUACAAUAACUUCUCUGCUCUGCUUCUUAGGUUGCUUGGUUGGACAAGAUUGACCGCCGCUACGCCUGGAUUAAACGGCAGCUGGUUGACUAUGAGGAGAAGUACGGACGCAUGUUCCCCGAGGAGUGGUGCAUGACCGAGCGUAUUUCUGUGGAGUUCUGCCACAUCACCAGGUAAAUACACACACACAUGCAACACACAGAGGAGAAAACAUCCACCCCUUUUAAGACCAAAUCACGUGGUGUGUUUAGAGUGUGCUGUUGACAAAUAUUAAAGGCAGCGUGUAAUAUGUGUAGUAUGUCCACUAAAAAACUAUCAAUAUAUAAACUGAUUGAUUUAAGACUACUGUUAAAAAAGUUGCAGUAAUAAUAAGAGUAAAGGUAAGUUGAUUUUUUUGUUAUGUCUGUUUUGAUAAUAAGAAUACUAAUAAUAAUAAUAGAAGUAAUUAUGAAAACUCUUUUUGUAUCUUGAAAAAAGUCAAAAUAACUUCAUCUCAGUCAUGGACUAACUUGUCCUACUUUCAUGCAGUCUUUUUCCGGUCACCACGUCUCUCUACCUUACAUCCCUCUGGCAGUGUAGUGGUGAGCAAUGACUGGCCUCGGUAAUGAAGAGUCCCCUCACUGUGCAGAUAAGUGGCGCCAACCACUGUCUUGCCAUUCAUUACUAAACCCAGACCAGAAGUCAAUCCCAUUUUUGUCAUACAUAUUCCCAUAGGGGAAAAAACUAACUCUUAUUGAGUAACUGCAGUAAUUAUUCUAAAAGGAUGAAGUUAUAAAUGACUUUUUGAGCGAGUUAGCUGAAUUAUGAAGCGAACCGCACUGAUAUCGCAUGCUUGGCAGACUUUCAGUAAAGUUGACGUAGGUGUCCUACAUGAGCAGUGACCUAGUGGCCUCACUUCUCAGACUUUUCUCCUCAGUUACACGAGAACAGAACAAGCGAGCCCCUAUUUGUGUGUUACUCUCAGUAGCAACUAACAAUAGAAAAAAUAUCUUUAAAAAAUCACAAAGGUAUCUUGAGAAUAAAAAGUCUGAGAAGACACUUUUGGAAGACUUUCAAUGUAUCACCUUCAAUUUCUAAAUAUUCCCUGGAGCCACAUUGGUGCAUACUUGGACUGAAACUACGCUUUAUUGAUUUUUGUGUGUUUUUCUAAGGGUGGAGCUUGCAAAAGUGAUGCGAACACGGGCUAAGGAGAUCGAAGUGAAGCUGCUUCUGUUUGCUAUUCAGAGGACCACAAACUUUGAAGGUCUUCUGGCCAAACGCUUCUCAGGUUGCACCUUAACAGACGUGCCUGGAGUGAGUAAAAUACACCAAGACAUAAACAUGUACACACUACACAUGCAACUAUAAAGCCUAUUGACUCAAGUCGGGCAUGAUGCCCUAUGUCUGUGCACAUUUAAACCAAGUGUAACAUUAAUUUCCUUUGUUUUUUUAAGAUUCGUCCAAUUAAAGUCCCACUCUGAUCAUUUUUUUUUACUACUUAAAAUGUUCUCAGUGGUCUUUAAAUUGUGAUUCUGAAGUUUUUAGCUAAAGUCACAUUACCUGUGUCAUUUUCAAGGGCUUUUCUUCUGCAGAGCUCCAGUAGCUCAUUAGCAAUUUGCCUCUAAAUCGUGGGCAGAGACAGCGCUGCUCUGCAGACUCCUCUUCACACUAGCUUGUAGCCUUACAUUGCCGGUGUAGUCGAAGAAGCAGGUAACAUAGGAGCUAUUCAGCUCUCAGACACUAAUGUCUUUGGGGACAUGAUGAAAGCUAACAUCAUAAUUAGCUUUCUUACUAGCAUUGCUAUCUGCUAACACACACGUUUGUUCUGCAAUUGUCCUCUCUAUUUCUCCAAGUCUGGUCUGCGAAGCAGGGCUCCGGGGGAGCUUGGAUUUGUGACAUAGGAAAUCUCACUGUGUCUGAGCCUGCAGUUUGAGUCUGCCAGAAAUUCAUGGCGAUUUGAAUGCAAAAAUACUCAGAAAUGCAAUUUCUCACUUAUUUUUCUUGUGAUAUGUCCUGUAGCAUCAGAAAAAUGCCAUAUGUGCAUGUAAAAAACAAGAAAAACAUGAUUUUCAUCAGAGUGGGUCUUUAUUAUCAUUAUUAUUAUCCUGUGUUCCACUCAGAGUACUCCUGGUCAUAGUCUGAAGUGAGUGUUUACAAUCCAGGUCAUAUUGACGUGUGCAAGAGCGCCUGGAGAUCCAGGUUAUUUUAUUGUGUGGGCACAACUAGGCCAAGCAUGUUCAGAACUGAUAAUUUUUCGGCACACAGAGGUCCCUUUGUCUCAUGCUCAGUUUGCACCCAUGCCUGACGGGUUCUAUAAUUCAAUCAGAGAUUUGGGUGAGGGGGUUUUCAUAAUUGGAGAAGCUGUUAAAUCAAAGCCUCUUCAAAUGAAAACAUUAAAACCUGCCUCGGAUUUUGAAGAGUUUGUUAAAUAUACACAGAAAGAGCACUGAAAGUCAUCAUGAGUCAACUGUAACUACGAAAGGCCUCAGUGGUAGUCAAAUGUCUCAUAAAACACCAACAACUGAGAAAUAGAUACAAGCUCUGAUCUGUGUUUUUAGCAACAAAAGAGGCCAGAGAGUCCGCUAGACUCCACAAACCCCUUCCUGGAGGACGAGGCAGGUGAGGAUGCUGGCACAGAGAAGGACGAGGAACUGGCUAAGGUAAGCUGACAUACAGUAUAAAGACUCAAAACAGGGUUUGAAGGGGUGCUCUCAGAAGUCAGGACAUAACAUCAAACUGCAACCUUCAAAGUUAAAGUUGAUUCAACCAGAACCACAAUAAAGUGAUGAGCGUUACAGGGUUAAUGUUUUAGACUGCUAGAAAAGAGGUAGCUGUGAGUAAAUGUAGGUACAAAUGUGCGUUGCUUCAGUUUAAUCGUUUCACCGGUCUUCUGUUUAUUGUUUUGGCAUGCUGGGUUUAAGGCAAAACACACUUACAGGUUUCAGUGGACCCACUGUGGACCAAACCUGUAUUCAUUCUUAUUCUGCCUCUCUUCGUUCAGCCCAAGAAGCCAAAAGCUCCCGACAACCCUUUCCACGGCAUUGUCUCAAAGUGCUUUGAGCCUCAUCUCUACGUCUACAUCGAAUCUCAAGACAAGUGAGUACAAACAUAUACACAAACCCGCUGUGUUGUGGUACACAGAUCCAGAAUCAGUUGCAGGUUGUGUGUAAAGCUGGCACAUGCGCCCUUUUUCCGAGGCCCACUCAUAAAUCAGGUCCCCCACCUCCCAUUCUACUUCAUUGCCUCUUCUGUCUUUCCAUCUCUUGUUCCUGUUCAAGCCUCUGUCUCCACUGUGGCAGAAAUGUUUCCCAUUAGCUGAACGACCACAGACGCUGGGAGAAAAAGAGAGGGAGGUUGAAUAAGUGCUGCCACAGCAGAUCUGCCUGUUUUCAUUCCCACCUCGUUUUUUUUCUGUGUUUUUGGUACCCCUUCUGUGGUCUCUUUCUGUCUGUGUAAUUUUAAUUUCAUUCCUCGUUUCUUUAUCUUAAUCUCUUGCUCUGCAUUUUUUUUAAAAAGCUUUAGUUUGCUCUCUGUCCCGGCUUUGGUGAUCAUUCCCGAAACCAGGGACAGAUCUGGGACCGCUGCGUUUGCAUGCAGCCCUUAGCUCUUGGCUCUGUGGAGCGUUAAAUGCUAUUGGUCCGUCCAAGGGAGUAAGGAUUGACCCAUUCUGCAGCUACAACCUCAUUUCAGUGCAGUCCAAAGGCUUUUAACAGGCAGCAGCCAGAUCAGCUUGUCCCCAGUGGGACGUAGCGGGAGAGAACAGUGGCCUGCUUGUUUUGUCUUUGGCUUAAGUUCCAGGAUUCAGGGGUUUAGGGCCACACCAGCUGACCUGUUGACUGCAGCAGCGAAGACUUAAAUGCUUUAAAUAUUUUUAUGGUUCUUUUCUGUCGACUUGUCAUUUUAUCCUUUAUUUAUUCAUCUGGUUAUUAGACAAUCAUAUGUUUUCAAUUGGUUCUCUCAGUGUCUUUAAAUGUACCUCUAAUCCAACCCUCUGGUGUGUGUGUGUGUGUGUGUGUGUGUGUGUGUGUGUGUGUGUGUGUGUGUGUGUGUGUGUGUGUGUGUGUUCGUGUGAACUUGUGUAUCUGACUGCGCAGGAACCUAGGCGAGCUCAUUGAUCGGUUUGUGGCUGACUUCAGAGCACAAGGCCCACCCAAGGCGGGCACGGAGGAGGGCGGAGCAGUCCUGCCCAGCUGCGCCGACCUCUUUGUGUACUACAAGAAGUGCAUGGUGCAGUGCUCCCAACUGAGCACCGGGGAACCAAUGAUCGCCCUCUCAACCAUCUUCCAGAAAUUUCUACGGGAGUACGCUUGGAAAAUCCUCUCUGGCAACCUGCCCAAGUAAGACUGGCAUGAGUUUAAGUAAAGGGGGGAAGCAGUGGUUUUCAAAUGUGUAAACCCCCACUCAAAUAAAAAAAAAGAGCGAUUCUGUGAACGGAAAGUAGAAAUCAGCUUCGACUACAAGGUGCUGAAUUGACAGCAACUGUACGAGUUUCUGACGUUGCCAAAUCAAACUACUUAAGAGUGAAGCCACUUUUAUAUUGGCUUAAACUCUCUACAAUGUCCAAGCCAUGGGGAAUUCUCUCUAACAAUCUUGUAAUGUCUAGUAGCUCUUGGCUCUAACAGAGACAAACUGACUGACUGGAAGUGGCAGAGGUAACCCUCAACAUUUCUCUUAAAACAUCACAUUAUUUCCGAGAGUUAGAGUCUCUGCAGAACACUUGACCUCCUUAUUACCAGAGAAAAUUUUUUGGGGCUUUUUUGAAAUAUUUGAAGUCUGACAACAAUCAUACAAACUAACCAAGAGGAAACAAGAAUUUAUUCAUAACAUUUGUCUUGCAUUUAUCUCUGCCAGACUUAAAAACACAUCCCUGCCUUGGUGACAUUUUAAUUCAUUGCUAAGUAGGUUUUGAGUCAGUCCCACAUUCCCCCUCCUGCUGACAAACAUACUCACAAGCAGCCACUCACUGUUUUCUCUGCUUCCCCUCCACCAGAAUCACUCAUUUUCUGGGCAGUAACACAAACAGAGAUUUACUUCAGAUUAACUUCUCACAAACAAGCAUGUCACGCCCUCACUUGUUCAUUCCUUUGGUAUGGUGAUCGGCCUGUUUAGGAGUUUAGUUUGAGAGCUUAAUGCCUUCAGUCCUCGCUGUGUUUGAUGGAUGAAGAUGGCAUGCUAAGAGGGAUCUGGAGCUGGUUACGUUGUGGCAAAAGCCUAAUACGCUACCAGCGAAAACAUCUCUGGAUCAUUGGCCACAUUAGAGCUCAUCCCUGGCUGCGGUGCACACACACACACAUACACAUACACACAUAUACACACACAGGCGUGCUCUGUUCUUGUCUCAGAUAUGCAUGCAUACUAAUUACACACUUUCACUCACAGACUAAUGUACACCAUAUUCCCAGCCGUGUACAAACACCACACAAAGAUGCACUUCAAUGCUUUGUAAGUGUGCGCACUUAAAGACCCAUGCAGACGUGGUCCUCCUCUGUGGUGUGCUAAGAAUUGGUUUUGGGAGGUUUUUGAAGGGGCCCUCCAAAGGAGCUCAAACUAUGUUGUGGUUUUACCCACAUGUCUCUGUUAUGACGUUUAUUAAUGACCGGGUUUCGGUUGAAGCUCAUUGGCCCAGAAUCACCACACUUGUGUCUGCUCGUAGUUAUUCCUAUUGUGUCUCACUUACUAAAAAACGGUCUUCCUUACCUGUGGUCUGAAAUGAUCUGUUACACAGAGUGCUUUUUGUGUUUAAGCUCAGUUACAAAAGGAUCCCAUAAAAAUCCACUCGUAGGAAACACAACACAAAACAGCUGGAGGUCCUUCAACUUAUUCUGUAACCUAAAGGCAUCAAGUAAGCUGAAAACUGAGCUGAAACCAUUGGAAACUAGAAAAGCACUUGAAGAGCGCAGACCUCCACCAAGCAGCUCAUGUCCCCCCUUAUAUUGUGAUUCACACCAAAACUUUUACUGUUACGUGUAUUUUAUUAACUUUUAUUUGUGUUUAAACUGGUAUGUUCACUGUUCAUAAUGUUCCUAAAACAAGAAAUGCCCUGACCCAGAUUCGAACCCAGGACCUUCUUGCUGUGAGGCGACAGUGCUAACCACUACACCACUGUGCGGCCUAUCUACACCACUGUGCCGCCCAUUGGUAAUAAUUCCAACGACACCCUUAUUUUUUGUGCAUUCUGGAUCACAGUAUCUGGAAUUUUGUCUGGAUCAGGAUCAACCUUUGACACAUCAUAAAACUCAUUGAGAUCCUUUUGUGUAAUUUUUUACUAAAGACUCUGGACAUUUUUAUAGAGUUAAAUGCAAAAAUUCCAAAAUUUGCCCUAUCUCACAAUAAUAAAGAAUCCUUCAAAAAAUUCUUGGAUCCAGAAGGCGAUCCGGAUCACCACCAAAAUGUAAUGGGAUCGUCCUGGGGCUGAGACGCACCUCUGGUGAAAAUUUCAGGUCAAUCCGUCUGUAACUUUCUCCGUAAAGUUGCUAACAAACAAACAAACAAACAAACAAACCAACAAACCAACGCUACCGAAAAAAUAACCUCCUUGGCGGAGGUAACAAGACUACAUUCAGCCAUCAGUGAAAAUUAAACACGUCUUUUUUUAGUAAACACUUCCCUUCUCUAUUCUAACCCUCUGUCUCUGUUUCUUCCUCUUUUAUUGUUUUUUUUCCUGUAUCUGUUUUACACUCUGUUCAGAUCCAGCAGUAACAGUGGAGGUCUUACGAUCAGCAGCCUCCUGAAAGAGAAAGAAGGCUCUGAAGCUGCCAAGUUCACUGUGGACGAGCUGUGUCUGAUCUGUAGCAUCCUCAGCACUGCAGAGUACUGCCUGGCUACUACACAGCAGGCAAGCACACUCCAUCACUCAAGAACUGAGCUAGAGUUUCAUAGUAAUGACAGAGUAUGAUAAGAGAGAGUGUAAUGUAACAGUUAGUGGAGGUUUCUUUGUGUUUCAUAAGCGUUUUAAGGAACUCAUCAUGGCGGUUAUGGUUUCAACACCACCUGAAUUAUCCUGUCUGUUAUUUUUAUGCAACACUUACACAACCCCAAUUCCAAGAGAGCCGAGAUGCUUUGUGAAUGUUAUUUACUUUUAUAUAAACACAAAAUGUAGAAACUUGCAGAUAAUUCAAAGCCUCUGUUAAAUUGAAAAUAGUGCAGAGAUGACAAAUCAUACGUUUAAACUGCCCAUUUUGAAUUUAAUGCUGGCAUCAUGUUACAAACAAGUAGCCAUUUUCCCCUCAGAGAGGCCGAGUCUCUCAGAAGAAAAGAUGGAAAGAAUUUUAUCACUUUGCUGACCGAAAUAUCAAUAAAAGAUCCAUCUGAUCUGAAAUCUCAUGAUCUUAUGAUCUUUGUGCCUUCUAGUGGCAUUACAUCUAUAAAAUAAGACAUGUCUCUGCUGUGGAAAUCACUUAAUGGGCUCAAAGAGACAUCCAAAACCCAGUGUCUACAAAUAAUGCUCCAUGUGAAUAGUGGUAAAAUGCAAAAAAAAAAAAUAAUAAUAAUUACAUCAAUAUAAUCCAGAAAUGCUGGCAUUGUCACUGUGCCUAAGCUUAGAACAGAGGCAGAAAAGAAAACUGAAGAUUUUGCUUUCUUUUGGAAAUCAUGGACAACUCUAGUCUAAUAUUUGUGUUUCUAUAUUUGUUUGUUUUACAGCUGGAGGAGAAGCUAAAGGAGAAAGUUGAUAAAGUCCUCGUGGAGAGAAUUAAUUUGACUGGGGAGAUGGAUACAUUUAGCACGUGAGUAACUAAUGCAACAUUUUCUACUGAAUAAAAGGUGAAUCGUUUUGAUGAGAAGAUUGUGUUUUGAUUAUGUUAAUCGUCUACUUUUUUGUUUUCCCAGCGUUAUUUCCAACAGUAUUCAGCUACUUGUUCAAGAUCUUGAUGCUGCUUGUGACCCUGCUCUCACUGCCAUGAGCAAGGUAGGGCAAAUCACAAAAUCACAAAUGAAUCUCAUGUGCUGUGUAAGAAAUCUUAAACUUCAAUGCUAACAGUCGCCUCUUUUCCUGUGUUACUUUCUCCCCCCUCAGAUGCCGUGGCAGAGUGUGGAGCAUGUGGGCGACCAGAGUCCUUAUGUGACGUCAAUCAUCAUGCACAUCAAGCAAAAUGUUCCGAUCAUCCGAGACAACCUGGCCUCCACACGCAAAUACUUCACGCAGUUCUGCAUCAAGUUCACAAAGUACAAUACAUGAGACACAAAUUCACAGACAGAGAUUUGUUUUAGGCAUUAAUCCACGAUCAGAUGUUCCUUAAAGCUGAUGUUUAUCUCACUUCUUCUUUCCUCAGUUCUUUUAUCCCCAAAUUUAUCAACCACCUGUUCAGAUGUAAGCCUAUCAGCAUGGUGGGAGCUGAGCAGGUAAGUUCAGUCAUCAUUACAGGGACAUUUUAAACUGUUCAAAUUAUGAAUAUUACCACUGGAAAUGAAUACUAUACUACUGUAUCCUUUCCACCAGCUCCUCCUUGACACCCACUCCUUGAAAACCGUCCUGCUGGACCUGCCCUCCAUCGGCUCCCAGGUGCUCCGCAAGGCCCCUGCCAGCUACACCAAGAUAGUAGUGAAAGGCAUGACGAGAGCAGAGAUGAUCCUCAAGGUGAGAUCCACUCAGACAGCUCCCACGUUUACAUUUUUCCAGAUUGGAAAACGACCUAACAUCUCUCUUAAGACAAGUGGAGAUUCAGUUAACAGUUUACCUUUCAUGUAUAAACUCAGAAUAGCUAACUGAUGGGUUUCAAUUGAAACCAAUCUUAACUUUGUAGGACACAAGAGCAGCUUGAUCUUUAUGGACACUUCAGAUUUUAUGAACUUUAGGUGGGCAUGCUCAUGCUGGACGUUUUAACGGCCGAAGCUUCAGUCCCUGACCUUUAAAGGCUCGGAAAUUUACAUACUGUUGUCCGUACGAGGAGUCUGAUGGAGUUUGCUUUAUCUUUUGUUGCCAUUGUUCAGAUUUAGUGCUGAAACGCUGACAUUUCCUGUUAAACAUUAACUUUUGUGUUGACGUUUCAUCAAGAAUAGUCUGGCAGAACCUCCAGCUAACUGCUUUUUCCACUGAUUGAGGCCCCAUCGUUAGACGCAACAAUAGAGCGAACAAACAUUUAUCCCUCGAGUGUUUGCGGUUUGCACGGCGAGCCAGUGUUCGACUGUCUGCUUGAGUCACUAAAGCAGGCGAUCUGCUCUGAGUUAUUCUGGGGCAGAAUUGUGUCAUUAACCCCACUAAUAAUAGCACUUUAUGAGCAUGUUUUCUAUAAAAUAACCCACCUCACAUGAGGGUUGGAGCUGGUGGUUUAAUGAGAGAAAGAGAGACGAGCCAACCUGACACACACAUAUAUAUUCUUUAACACAGUUUGUGGUCGACCCUUGACUUGGUGGAAAGGUGUGAGUGACUUAAGACUGUGCGUUUACUCACAAAAAGAAACAACCAGACGUGCUGCAAAACAGUCCAAACAUUUUCUUCAGUGAGGAGGGCAAACACAGGAUACAGCCGGCUCGCUCUGCUUCAGAAUUACCUUGUGUGACCCUUGAGGUCUCUGGUAUGCUGCUGCCAUCGAAUAACCCCGCCCUAAUUAAGUGUCCCUGGAGUGUACAGAAAUGUUCACGCACAGACACACAGACUACCCGCCCACCUGGCCUGUGAUUUCCCCUCAGACUCUCAGAAGGCCUUCUUUCCUGGUUGUAUUGUCUUGAUGUUUAUAGCUGCGAGAUAGUCUUCGCUUUCUAACUUUGCUCAUUCUUUAUUCCUCUGGUCGUUUCAGAGUUUAUAUCAUCCUCUUAUUGUUUUCUGCUGGGAUGCACACUGUUCCAUAUGGUCUGUUCAAAGCCUGUCUCUGUUCCCUGGCAUAAUGCCCUGAAUGAAUACAUAAGAAUUUCCACCCAUCUGCCGCACAUUAAAGAGGUUGGCACAUUAUAGAAGUAUAGCAUGCAUUCAUAUCAGCCCACAGCUUUUCAGUGCUCUCAGUAUUCAACUUCUUGCAGCUCCCCAUCAGAUGGAAUGUGAUACUGGAGGUCCUCAAGUGGUUCAGAUGCAAAAACUAAGCACAGGGUAAAUAAGACACAAUCGAGCAAUUUAUGCUGCUACAAAGGCACCAAAGGAUAUGUUGGACUUUUAAAGAGCCGUACAGAAGUUUCCUCUGUGGACAUUCUGGCCUGUAAGAAGAAAGAGAAGCUUUUGUACGACCACCAGCAUGUUAGCCACCAGCUUUGUGCAGCGCCAAGGUUCCUCACAGGUAAUUGCUUCCACCUUGGGCUUCGACCAAAGUUUCUGAAAGACAAGCCCAUCAAAGAAGGUCAAUACAAGAAUCCCUCUGUCUCGCCUCGACAAUAGUUUUGAAUUACACCCUGUGAUGUUGUGAGUGGAAAUUGAAUCUGACUCACCCCCCACCAAGUAACAGCAAUACAUGGAGACUAUUGAUGGUUGUGUUUGUUUUUUUUGUGUGUGUAAUGAUUCAACGGUUGAUUUUAAAUGAUGGUGUUUCAAACUGUGGAGGAGUUUAACAAGCUGCGAACGCAAAACUGACAUUAUCACCUAGUAAAGUACUUUUCACAUCUUAAACACUUAAAGCGUUAUUAGCAUCAAUUUGGGGAAGGUUGCAUCAACACCAGAGGGAACUAUAUGUUCACUGGGAAGCUAAAUGCUGAAAUGAUGUUUGUGUAUAAGGGGAACUAACUGAACAAGACAGUGCUGUCAAUAACUCCUUUCGUGUAACCAGUUUAGGACUGAAUAUUCAAGCUCCUCUAACUUCUACCUUUCAGUACCUCUUCCUAAUAUCGGUCUAACCUAAGCUCUAAUCCUGAAUAAACACCACAAUGUUCUGCCGUUAAAUCAGGGCAAUUCACUGUUGGUACAGUUCUUAACCUUGAGCAGAGUUGCAAAGUCAGAGGAUCAUUUUCUGCGAGUUAGUCAUGACAAACCAUUGCUUUCCAAACAGCAAACAGCCGCUUUACUCAUUUUAAAUGUUAUUAAUCCAUUUGAAAUGUAGUGCAAAAUCAACUCUUGUGUCUUUUGUUAAGUUUCUUAUUUUCCUGCAUGGCUGUCUGAAUCUGCUCGGAUGUUGAUGUUGAGUUGAUAUUUGUGUGUUGUGAACCAGCACUCAGUUAUGUUUAAAGCACCAAAGAUAUCAUCUGUCUGUCUGAGACAGCCUCUCCUGGCUGGUUCGAUGCCUGUGAGACGUGGCUGUUUUCCAUGCUCUUCCAGCCCGGCCCACCAGAGCUCCAGCUCUCUCUGUCUUCCACCUCUGAAGUUCUCUUCUUGGGACAUUUUAAAGAGCAGCCCCCCCUUCAAUGCGCCCUUGUUCAGCUUGAAUGUUUUACCCCCCUCCUGACUCUGUUUAGCCCACUCUUCCUUUAUUUUUUAUGUCCGUUUUCAUUCUUCGACUGCCUCUACCCCUUUUCUUUGCCUUCUUUUACAAGGUCCCCAUAGGCCUGUCCUUGGCCUGGCUCCAGGACAGUUGCUAAGUAAAUCACUUGGGCAAGAAAGAAGGCAAAGAAUUCCACACAAUCCCGAGCCUUUCAUACGUGUGCUCCUCUCUUUUUCCCUCCUGCUUUGGCCUCACCUUCUCAUACUUUUUAAAUCAAAAGAGAAAUAUGCUUAAAAAGCAGUUUGGGGUCUUUUUAGAGGGAAGGACAGGAUUAAUGUUUUGUGAGACGAGUCCUGUGGGCAUACAUAUGCAUGAGAGGGGAGGUGGGGAUCUGUCAGCCAUGUGUUGGUCUGCCUGCCUUGUAGCGGCUGCAGGAAAUGCUAUCUGAUCCAUGUUUUCCAGCCAGACUCUAUCGUUCAAAACAACCAGCGUGACUUAUACCCUAUUAGAAAAAUAUUACCCUGCUCUUCACUUAUGCUGAUUUCCCCCUCCAAAAUAAUAACUUAUAGUAGUGAUAGUAACUGAUUUAUAAAAAGGGAAAAAGCCAGGGUGGGGCUUCUGAAUACUGUAUAGUCUCUACUUUGUAUGUAGGUAGAACUAUGUGGUUUUGUCAGCGCCCCCCUCUCUCUCAUUUGGACCAAAACUGCCCCAUGUGGGAUCAUUUAAAGAUCUCUAGGGUCCUCCUAUGAUGGUUCACAGGAAAAGAAGGAAAGAGGGAGGGCUGAAAUCAACAUUAAACUCUACUUUUUUUUUGCACAGGUGGUGAUGGCCCCACAUGAACCACCAGUGGUGUUUGUUGAUAACUACAUCAAGCUCCUGGCUGAUGGGAAUCCAGAGACCUUCCAGAAGAUUCUUGACAUGAAGGUUAGUCAGUUUGACUUAAAGCUCCUGUGAGAAGUUUUCAGCUGGAUACAGUUGUGAUGAGGCCUCUUUAUGACCCACAAAAGCAAAACAAGAUCUUCAAGCAAAGGUGUUGACACUUACACUAUGAUAAUUUUUAAUGUAUGUUACUGCUGUAGGGGGUGGGUGUGAGACAAGACAAUUUAAAGUAUGGUGAAGAAAAACCUGUUAUUUGAUUUCUUUUCAUCAACAAAUAUUUACAGGAUGAGACGUUUGACUGUUAUUGAGAGCAGGAUGAGUUAUUUUCUUCAAGACACAACUUACACAUGAACAUAACAAGAUCAAGAGGUAUAACUUUGUCCACUCUGUGCCCGUAGGGUCUGAAACGCAGUGAACAGAGCAGCAUGCUGGAGCUCUUCAGGCAGAGGCUACCCACACCACCCUCCGGUGCAGACGGAGGUCCCUCUCUGUCCUUCAGUGCCCCCACGCCAGAGCAGGAGUCCUCCCGCAUCCGCAAACUGGAGAAACUCAUCAAGAAGAGAUUGUAAACAGAGAGACUGAACUUGAAAACUUUGAAAAGCUACAGGAAGAGAUGUAACCUUUAUUACAGUAAGUCAUGUAAAAAAAAACAAAAAACAAUUGACACUCCAUCCAGAAAGAGCGGAGAGUGGACUGAAUUCCCUGACUGGUGAAAAAACUUUCUCAAAUACUUCAAACUGUUGCUUCAUAUCUCAUGUACAUCUGUGAUUCCUUUUCUUUCCAUGACACUAAUGUCUGAGCCUUUUAUCAUCUGUAUAUUUUUGCACUGUGUAUUAGCACUCAGAACACCAAAUGUAGUGCGUUUGCAUCACCUGUCUAAUCCAGAAAGUUUGCAGGCAGCCUUUGAAAUCACUUUAUAUCAACUUGGAAAUCAGGGACUUUUUGGUGAAGUCUUUAAGCAUGGUUAGUUGCCACAGGAAGGGCAACAUAUUAAGGUUGAUGCUGUAUACUGUACGUAUGUGCCGUCAGUCCCUGAUAUUCUAUGAAAAUUUAAUCUAUUGUUUUUCUUUGUGUUGACAUAAAGUUUCUUUUAUAAUUUAGGCGACUGUGUCCACUUAGUUUUUCUUUGCACAUUGAUGAGACAAAUUCUCCUCUGAGACAACAUAGUUAGGAAAAGUAUAUCUUUAGUUCUGGAAACCUUUUAAAAAGAGCCUCAGUAUUUUAAAGGGAUAUUACGGCGUAAAAUUAAUUACGCCGCCCCCGAGAGAUGAAUGUUGCUGAUCACUUGCUUCUCUAGUUAUAACAACUUUAGUAACGACCGCACGAUAGCAAUACACAGCGGUCUGAGGAGCCAUAAACAAACCUCAACCAAAAAAGCCACUCUAUAGCCACAAAUAAUGCUCAGAACAGCAUCUAACUUCAUCAGCAGUACAUAUAGGGUCCUAGCCAUAGUACUAGCCACCAAACAUCUUUUUAGCUUUGCCUUUUCUUUAGCAAAGAGACUAAACACAACUCACCUACUCUCUUCCAGCAGCCGCUUGUUUGUAGCGAGACCUCAGGCCAGUCCAUUACAGACUGCAGCGGGGUGACACAGCUCAAGGAAGAACAUUUAUGAUCAUUUCUUUAUCAUUUCUUUGAAGUAAUAAUCAUCAUAUUAAUCAUUUUGCACUGCAGACGCGGUACGUCUUCUGCCUUAGUGUCUUGGUCUGAUUGCAUUUCCAUGAAGAAAUUAUCAGAAAUGUUCUUCCUUGAGCUGUGUCACCCCGCUGUAGUCCUUAAUAAACUGGCCUGAGGUCUCUACAAACAAGCAGCUGCUGGAAGAGAGUAGGUGAGUUGUUUUUAGUCUCUAUGCUAAAGAAAUUAGGCAAAGCUAAAAAGAUGUUUGGUGGCUAGUGCUAUGGUUCGGACCCCAUAUGUACUGUUGAUGUAGUUAGGUGCUUGGGUGCCUUUUUAGUUUAGCGUGUGGCUCUCUGCACUGCUAUCGUGCGGUCGUUACUAAAGUUGAUCUAACUAGAGAAGCAAGCGGUCGGCAACAUUCAUCUCUCGAUGGGGUGUCUAACUCAGUGUUACGGUGUGUUUGACCAUAACUUAAUUUUAUGUUGGAAUAUCCCUUUAAUUGAUACAAGAGUCUCUGAAGCUGCUCUCAUGUGUAAAAAUACAGCACAUCAUUGUUGAUUCCAAAAUAAGAACGCUUGUUUAAAGUCAGUGCACUGGGUUUAGUCUCUGGUGUUGAUGCUAGUGCCUUUGGGUUAAACAAGUCUUUGUAGAUCAAAUGUGUCCACAUCAGUGUAAAAAUUCCUGCCUUCUGGCCUAAAAUGUUUCUUGUUUGUGUUGUCUAAACUGUGCGCUGCUCAGGCAGCUGGUGAAUACCAUUAAAACACUGUCACCAUUG